AUGCCUCACCCCCCUCUCGCCGCCGCCGCCACCCUCCGCCGCCGCCUCCUCCUCUCCUCGCCGCUCGCCUGCUUCUCCUCCCCCCGCACCCGCCGCAUCUUCUCUCGCGCCAUGGAGUCCUCCUCCACCACCGCCGCCGCCGCGCAGCACGCAGGUGGCGUGGCGGAGCGGGAGUACGAGGAGGUGCUGGGCCGCCUCUCGUCGCUCAUCACGCAGAAGGUGCGCGCGGACACCGGCAACCGCGGCAACCAGUGGGACCUCAUGGGCCGCUACCUCCAGAUUCUGGAGCUGGAGGAGCCCAUCGCGCGGAUGAAGGUCGUCCAUGUCGCGGGCACCAAAGGGAAGGGUUCGACAUGCACAUUCACGGAGUCAAUCCUGCGAUCCUGUGGCUUCCGUACCGGGCUAUUCACCUCACCGCAUUUGAUGGAUGUCCGGGAGCGGUUCCGGCUAGAUGGGGUGGAUAUUUCCGAAGAGAAGUUUUUGAAGUACUUCUGGUGCUGCUGGAAUAAACUGAAGGAGAAGACUGAUGAUGAUAUUCCCAUGCCAGCGUAUUUCAGGUUCAUGGCCUUGCUCGCAUUCAAGAUAUUUUCUGCUGAGCAGGUAGAUGUAGCUCUUCUCGAGGUUGGUCUUGGAGGGAAGUUCGAUGCAACUAAUGUGGUUAAAUCUCCUGUAGUCUGUGGUAUAUCCUCUCUUGGGUAUGAUCAUAUGGAAAUUCUUGGAAAUACGCUUGGUGAAAUUGCUGGGGAGAAGGCAGGAAUUUUUAAGAAAGGAGUUCCAGCUUAUACUGCUCCACAGCCAGAAGAGGCAAUGGUUGCUCUCAAACGAAGAGCUUCAGAAUUGGGCAUUUCACUCCAAGUCGUUGAUCCUUUGAAGCCACAUCAGUUGAAAGAUCAACAUCUUGGACUGCAAGGUGAACACCAAUAUGAAAAUGCUGGCCUUGCAGUCGCACUCGCUAGUACAUGGCUUGAGAAGCAGGGACACGUGGACAGAAUGCCACUCAACCACACUGAUCCCUUACCAGAUCAGUUCAUUAGAGGGCUGUCAAGUGCUUCUUUGCAAGGCCGAGCGCAAAUUGUUCCAGAUUCACAAGUAAAUUCAGAAGAGAAGGACCAAGAUAGUUCUUUGGUAUUCUAUUUGGAUGGAGCACACAGCCCUGAAAGUAUGGAAAUAUGUGCGAAGUGGUUUUCCCAUGCUACCAAGGAGCAGUCUCAGACUUGCAGCAAAUCUCGGAAGAUUCUUCUAUUCAACUGCAUGUCUGUGAGAGAUCCUAUGAGAUUGCUUCCACAUCUCGUUGAUACUGCAACUCAAAAUGGGGUGCACUUUGAUCUGGCCCUAUUUGUGCCAAAUCAGUCACAACACAACAAACUUGGUUCUAAGGCAUCAGCACCUGCUGGCCCUGAGCAAAUUGAUUUGUCAUGGCAGCUAUCUCUCCAAGCAGUGUGGGAGAAAUUACUUCAUGAUGACAAUAAAGGUUCAAACAGCACGGAUUCUGGCAAGACUAGCCUAGUGUUUGAAUCACUGCCACUAGCAAUUGAGUGGCUAAGGAAAAAUGCCGUAGAGGAUCCAUCUACUUCUUAUCAGGUCCUGGUUACUGGCUCCCUGCAUCUCAUUGGCGAUGUACUGAGGUUGCUCAAGAAGUGA